CGAGUUUUAUCCUUUGACAGUAAAGUCCAAUUUAAGUCUUCAAACAUGUUCAAAAAAAGUGUCGUUUUUGUAUUUUGGUUCCUGUUUUUUGGAAAUGUUUUAACGCUAGAUACUCAACCUUUCAUAGAAAGACUGAUACAAACCAGACGUUUUACAGGAGCAGCGUUUGUUGGUAAUAACCAUCAUGUUUGGUCAUCAAUGGGAAUUGAUAUACGUGAAGAAGACAUCGAGAACUUAUUUGGCGUUUUUGAACCACCUUAUUAUCCAAAACUUUUUCUCGCAGGAAACGUAUACUUUAGCCAUGAACCUAAUAAUGGAAAAUCAUUUUUAGCCAGAAAUGUUAAUGAAAUGGGCGGUAUAAUAUGUUUCAGAUCAUUCAAAGGUAUUUUGCUUGGUGUAUAUGAGCAUCCGGUAUUACAAGAUGAGGCAGAUCAGAUAAUGCAAGAAGUUGCAUUUACUCUACUAGACACAUAAACUGUCAAUUUUUCUAAAAAUUUACAUACUAUACCUUUUAUGUAUCCUAGAUUUAUAAGUUUGUAAUAUGCAGCAGAAGUAAUUUUUUUUAAACAUUAAUUACACUAGU